GUUCUCUAUGUUGUUACAGUGGGAGGAGAGACCUCAGAUACAGACCCCACACUUCCACUGAGGAGGAGACACAGCAUGGAGUUACCUCAUCCAUAUAUGGGAGGAGAGAGCAGCAGUCCAGACUCCCCAGUGUCUCCCAGUGUGUCUGAGCUGAGACUGGUGCUGCUGGGGAGGACUGGGGCUGGGAGGGGUGCAGCAGGAAACACCAUCCUGGGCAGAGAGGAGUUUGGGGCCCAGGCCAGCCCCUCUGCAGUGACCCAGAGGAGUAAGAGGAGAGAGGGGGAUGUGUGUGGGAGACGGCUGGUGCUGGUGGACACUCCAGACUGGUUCUGUCCUGGACUCUCUCUGGAGGAGAUGAGACAGGAUGUGGGGCUCUGUGUCCGUCUGUCUGCCCCGGGACCCCACGCCUUCCUGCUGGUCAUACCAGUGGAGCCCUCUAAGGGGGAGGAGAGAGGGGUGCUGGAGAGAAUGGAGGAGAUGUUUGGGGAGGGUUGUUGGGAACAAACUGUGAUUCUAUUCACCCAUGAUGAUGGCCUGAAAGAGCAGAGCAUUGAGGAGUUUCUCCAAGCAGGAAGUCAGGACCUCCAGCAGCUUGUAGAGAAAAGUGGGAGCAGGUACCACGUCCUCAACAUUAAGGACAGGGCCCAUGGCACUCAGGUAUCAGAGCUGCUGGAUCAGGUAGAGGAGAUGGUGGCAGGAAACAGAGAGAGAUUCUACAGCAGUCAGACCUACCAGGAGACAGAGGACCAGGUUAGAGAGAUGGAGGGAAAGAUCCAGAGAGAGAGAGGAGAGAGGAAACAGAGGGAGGAGAGAGACUUGAGAGAGAGGCUUCAGAAGGAGUUGCAGGACUCUCUGAUAAAGAUAGAGGGAGUGAUCCAGGAACAUGAGGGAGAUAUCAGAACACUCAGUGAAAGAACCAGUGAACUGGAGAGACAGGUGAAAGAAGAGAGGGAUGAGGAGAAGAAAAGAGAGCUGGAGAGGGAGCUGAAGAGGGAGUCUGAUAGGAGGGAGGAGAUGGAGAGAAAGCUGGAGGGAUUGAGAGAGAAGAGAGAGAAUGAGAGGAGGGAGAUGGAGGAGAGACACAGACAGGAGAUAGAGGAGAUGAUGGAGAACUAUGAAGGAGAGGCCAGAGUUGAAGCAGAGAGAAACCUGAUGAAGAUAGUCCUGCCAAAGUUACAGAGGAACAUCAUGAUCUCACAGACAAAGAUGCAGAGGGAGUUCAGCAGACAGAUGGAGGAGAAGAAUAUAGAGAUGGAGAGACUAAGACAGAACUUGAAAGAAGUCAUGGAAGCUCACUCAGUGUUGCAGAAGGGACUGGAACGAGAGGGUAAAGGUCAGAGGGCACUGAUAGGGUUGUUGGGCUGGGUCAGGAGAAACUCAUCAAGUUGGCUUCUCCACAAUCUGAUAUGAUUUACCAUCACCGUCUAUGAUGAUGAACCAGACCAGGUCUACUGUCCAAUGUACCGUGGGGGGUGACCAUGGAUCAUGGUGGUCAUGGGGAAAACAGGACAGAAUAAUGUCUGGUCCAGUCUACAGUGUCAAGACAAGGAGGGGAGGGAGGUCUGUAAAGAUCUUGAUGAGACGUAAAACAGAAUUCCAAUCCAACGUAGAUUAUUGACCUUUGCACUGCAGACCUUUAGAAUGGAGAGGGUUGUGGGGGGUCAGGAGGUCAACGGGCGGAGUCAGAGACUGAGAACUCUAAAGAUCUGAUUGAGACUUUUACCCAGUGUUUGAGGAGGUCUACUAUUGAACAGUUCUACAAAGCUUUUUGGCCCCAGCUCAGCCCUAUCUUCAUGCCAAUACUGGAGGAUUUUUGCAAAAACGGAGUUCUCCCAGACUCAAUGCACACAGCUCGCAUUACAGUGUUGCUAAAAAAGGACAAGGACCCCCUAUCCUGCUCGUCCUUCCGGCCCAUAAGCUUGUUGGAUUUCGACUAUAAAAUAAUUACCAAAUUGCUCGCCAAAAGACUAAACACUCUUCUUCCCAAAACAAUAAAAGCGGACCAAACUGGAUUUAUUGGAGACAGAUACUCUUCUGACAACAUUCGCCAUCUUUUUGAUAUUAUUGAUCAAGUAAACGCACAGAAGACCCCUGUCCUGCUGGCUUCACUGGAUGCUGAGAAGGCGUUUGACAGGAUGGAGUGGAGCUUUCU